AUCGCCAGUCCGCUGUGUCCCUCGGACACAGGGGAUCACGGAAAGAGCCGAAGAUGUCGGCUCGGUCAUGUGAUCAGCUGUGUCCAAUCACAGCUGAUCACAUUGCCAGCUGUCAGUGCUCAUCAGUGCCAGUGCCCAUCAGUGCCUCUUGCCAGUGCCCAUCAGUGCCACAUCAAUGCCACAUAUCAGUGCAUACCAGUGCACAUCAAUGCCACAUAUCAGUGCCCAUCUGAGCUGCCUUUCAAUGUCACCCAUCAGUGCCAGUCAGUGCCACCUAUCAGUGCUGCCAAUCAGUGCCACCUAUCAGUGCCAGUCAGUGUCGCCUAUCAGUGCCAGUCAGUGCCGCCUAUCAGUGCCAGUCAGUGCUGCCUAACAGUGCCAGUCAGUGCCGCCUAUCAGUGCCAGUCAGUGCUGCCUAUCAGUGCCACCUAUCAGUGCCAUAUAUCAGUGUCAUGUAUCAGUGCUGCCUUUCAGUGCCCAUCAGUGAUGCCUGUCAAUGCCCAUCAGUGCAACCUACCAGUGCCUCCACAUCAGUGCCCAUCAGUGCCAUGUAUCAGUGUCCAUCAGUGCAGCCUAUCAGUGCCCAUCACUGCAGCCUCAUUAGCGCACAUCAGUGAAGGAGAAAAAUCACUUAUUUACAAAUUGUAUAAACAAAAACUAAGAAAAAACUUUUUUUUUCUCAAAAUUUUCAGUGGUUUUUGGUUUGUUUAAGAAAAAAUAA